AUGGCGCCUCUACCCAUCAGAUUCCAGGAGCUGGUCCAGCUCACCAGCUGCGGCGUGGAAGCGCAAUCCAUCGGAUUCAACUCUUGCACACUCGAAUCCGACCACUACGUCUGUAUCCGUGAAAAGAAGAGCGAGGAUGCUUCCCCCGAAGUCGUCAUCGUCGAGCUCAAGAGCGGUAACAAUGUCACAAGGCGACCCAUCAAGGCUGAUAGUGCCAUCAUGCACUGGACCCGCCAUGUCAUUGCCCUCAAGGCUCAGGCCCGCACCCUCCAGAUCUUCGACCUCGAGCAGAAGAAGAAGCUCAAGUCCUGCACCAUGAACGAGGACGUCCAGUUCUGGAAGUGGGUCAGCGAGAGCACCCUCGGUCUUGUCACCAGCUCAUCCGUCUACCACUGGGACAUCUACGACGCUGCUCAGGAUACCCCCGUCAAGGUCUUUGAGCGCAACGCCAACCUCAACGUACGUCACCUAUCUCCUGAGAUCCCUACCUAUGGCUGCCAAAUCAUCAACUACCGCGUCAACUCGGACGGCAAGUGGAUGGUCGUCGUCGGCAUCUCGUCCCAGCAGGGUCGCGUCGUCGGUGCCAUGCAGCUGUACUCCAAGGACCGCGGUAUCAGCCAGGCCAUCGAGGGUCACGCCGCCUCCUUCGGGACUCUCCGUCUGGAGGGUGCUCCGCAGGACACUAAGCUCUUCACCUUUGCUGUCCGCACUGCUACCGGCGCCAAGCUCCACAUCGUCGAGGUCGAUCACCCUGAGUCCAACCCUGUCUUCCAGAAGAAGGCUGUCGACAUCUUCUUCCCCCCCGAGGCCACCAACGACUUCCCCGUCGCCCUGCAGGUCUCGCAGAAGUACGGCGUCGUCUUCAUGGUCACCAAGUACGGUUUCAUCCACCUCUACGACUUCGAGACGGGCACUUGCAUCUUCAUGAACCGCAUCUCGAGCGAGACCAUCUUCACCACCUGUACCGACAAUGACUCUACCGGUAUCGUCGGUAUCAACCGCAAGGGCCAGGUACUCUUCGUCACCGUCGACGAUUCCACCGUCAUCCCUUACCUGCUUCAGAACCCCGCCAACGCCGAGAUCGCCAUCAAGAUGGCCUCGCGCGCUGGCCUCCCCGGUGCCGAUGACCUCUACGCCAAGCAGUUCGAGCAGCUCUUCAACUCGGCCAACUACGCCGAGGCUGCCAAGAUCGCCGCCAACUCUCCUCGCGGCUUCCUGCGCACCCCGGCCACCAUCGAGAAGUUCAAGCGCUUGCCUGUCGCCCCCGGACAGAUGGCCUACACUCUGCAGUACUUCGGUAUGCUCCUCGACAAGGGUUCGCUCAACGACCACGAGACGCUCGAGCUGGCCCAGCCCGUCCUGGCCCAGAACCGCAAGCACCUCCUCGAGAAGUGGCUGAAGGAGGACAAGCUCAGCUGCUCCGAGAGGCUCGGUGACCUCGUCCGCCCCUACGACGUCAACAUGGCCCUGGUCAUCUACCUGAAGGCCAACGUCCCUCACAAGGUCGUGGCCGGCUUUGCCGAGACGGGCCAGUUCGAAAAGAUCCUGCCUUACUCGGCCCAGACCGGCUACCAGCCCGACUAUGUCCAGCUGCUCCAGCACAUCAUCCGCGUCAACCCCGAGAAGGGUGCCGAGUUCGCCACCGCUCUGGCCAACAGCGAGCAGGGACCUCUGGUCGACCUUGAGCGCGUCUGCGACAUCUUCCAGUCCCAGGGCAUGAUCCAGCAGGCCACCGCCUUCCUGCUCGACGCCCUCAAGGACAACAAGCCCGAGCACGCCCGCCUGCAGACUCGCCUCCUGGAGAUGAACCUCAUGCACGCCCCCCAGGUCGCCGAGGCCAUCCUCGGCAACGAGAUGUUCAGUCACUUCGACAAGACGCGCAUCGCCGCCCUGUGCGAGCAGGCCGGCCUCUCCCAGAAGGCUCUGGAGCUCUACGAGGACCCCGAGGCCAUCAAGCGCGUCAUCGUCAACAUCCCUGGCCAGGCCAACUUCAACCCCGAGUGGCUGACUGCCUUCUUCGGCAAGCUGUCUGUCGAGCAGUCCCUCGACUGCCUCGACGCCAUGAUGAAGCACAACAUCCGCCAGAACCUGCAGUCCGUUGUCACCAUUGCCACCAAGUACUCCGAGCUGCUCGGACCCGUUCGCAUCAUCGACCUGCUUGAGAAGUACAAGACAGCCGAGGGCCUCUUCUACUACCUCGGCAGCGUCGUCAACCUGUCCGAGGACCCCGAUGUGCACUUCAAGUACAUCGAGGCCGCCACCAAGAUGGGCCAGUUCAACGAGGUCGAGCGCAUCUGCCGCGACAGCAACAGCUACAACCCCGAAAAGGUCAAGAACUUCCUCAAGGAGGCCAACCUUCCUGAGCAGCUGCCUCUCAUCAUCGUCUGCGACAGGUUCAACUUCGUGCACGACCUCAUCCUCUUCCUCUACCAGAAGCAGCAGUUCCAGGCCAUCGAGUCGUACGUCCAGCGCGUCAACCCCGGCAGGACCCCCGCCGUCGUCGGCGGCCUGCUCGACGUGGACUGCGACGAGGCCAUCAUCAAGCAGCUCUUGACCACCGUCAACGCCCAGCAGAUCAACAUCGACGAGCUUGUCGGCGAGGUCGAGACCCGCAACCGCCUCAAGCUCCUGCUUCCCUUCCUCGAGGCCACUCUCCAGGCCGGCAACCAGCAGCAGGGUGUCUUCAACGCUCUGGCCAAGAUCUACAUCGACUCCAACAACAACCCCGAGAAGUUCCUCAAGGAGAACGACCAGUACGACACGCUUACCGUUGGUAAGUACUGCGAGAAGCGCGACCCCAACCUGGCCUUCAUCGCCUACUCCAAGGGCCAGAACGACCUGGAGCUCGUCAACAUCACCAACGAGAACUCCAUGUACAGGGCCCAGGCCCGCUACCUGCUGGAGCGCUCCGACAACGAGCUGUGGCGCUUCGUCCUGAGCGAGAACAACAUCCACCGCCGCUCCGUCGUCGACCAGGUCACGGCCACGGCCGUCCCCGAGUCUACCGACCCUGCUAAGGUCUCCGUCGCCGUCUCGGCCCUGCUCGAGAACGACAUGCCCCUCGAGCUCAUCGAGCUCCUCGAGAAGAUUGUCCUCGAGCCCUCGCCCUUCAGCGACAACCAGAACCUCCAGAACCUGCUCAUGUUCACCGCCGCCAAGGCCGACAAGGCCCGUGUCAUGGACUACAUCCACAAGCUCGACGGCUACAGCCCCGACGACAUCGCCGCUUCGUGUAUCGAGGUUGGUCUGUACGAGGAGGCCUUUGCGAUCUUCAAGAAGGCGGACGACAAGACCUCAGCCGUCAACGUCCUCGUCGAGCAUGUCGUCAGCAUCGACCGUGCCCAGGCUUACGCCGAGGAGGUCGACGAGCCCGAGGUCUGGAGCAAGGUUGCCAAGGCCCAGCUCGAUGGCCUCCGCGUCUCGGACGCCAUCGAGUCGUACAUCAAGGCUGAUGACCCCAGGAACCACGAGGAGGUCAUCGAGAUUGCCACCCACGCCGGCAAGAACGAGGAGCUCGUCAAGUACCUGCGCAUGGCCCGCAAGACGCUCCGCGAGCCUCCCAUCGACACGGCCCUGGCCUUCUCGUACGCACGCCUGGACCAGCUCUCGGAGCUCGAGGACUUCCUCCGCGCCACCAACGUGGCCAACGUCGAGCAGUCCGGUGACAAGGCCUACGAGGAGGGUCUCUACGAGGCCGCCAAGAUCUUCUACUCGAGCAUCUCCAACUGGGCCAAGCUCGCCACCACCCUCGUCUACCUUGCCGACUACCAGGCCGCCGUCGAAUGCGCCCGCAAGGCCAACAACAUCAAGGUGUGGAAGCAGGUCCACGAGGCCUGCGUGGAGAAGAAGGAGUUCCGCCUGGCCCAGAUCUGCGGUCUCAACCUGAUUGUCGACGCCGAGCAGCUCCAGGAGCUUGUCAAGGAGUACGAGCGCAACGGCUACUUUGACGAGCUCAUCAGCCUGCUCGAGCAGGGUCUCGGCCUCGAGCGCGCCCACAUGGGCAUGUUCACCGAGCUCGGUAUCGCCCUGUCCAAGUACCACCCCGAGCGCCUGAUGGAGCACAUCAAGAUCUUCUGGUCGCGCAUGAACAUGCCCAAGAUGAUCCGCGCCUCGGAGGAGGCCAACCUCUGGCCUGAGCUGGUCUUCUGCUACUACCACUACGAUGAGUUCGACAACGCCGCUCUGACCGUCAUUGAGCGUCCCGAGAACUCCUGGGACCACACCCAGUUCAAGGAGAUUGUCGUCAAGGUGGCCAACCUCGAGAUCUACUACCGUGCCCUCAAGUUCUACGUCGAGCAGCACCCUUCGCUGCUGACGGACCUGCUGGCCGCCCUCACGCCCCGCAUCGACGUCAACCGCGUCGUCAAGAUCUUCCAGAAGAAUGACGACCUGCCCCUGAUCAAGCCGUUCCUGCUCAACGUCCAGUCGCAGAACAAGCGCAUCGUCAACGAGGCUGUCAACGACCUGCUCAUCGAGGAGGAGGACUAUAAGACGCUCCGCGACUCGGUGCAGAACUACGACAACUAUGACCCCGUCGAGCUGGCCGGCCGCCUCGAGAAACACGACCUGAUCUUCUUCCGCCAGAUUGCCGCCAGCAUCUACCGCAAGAACAAGCGCUGGGAGAAGUCCAUCGCCCUUUCUAAGCAGGACAAGCUGUACAAGGACGCCAUCGAGACGGCUGCCCUGUCUGCUAAGACGGACAUCGUGGAGGACCUGCUGCGCUACUUCGUCGACAUCGGUCACCGCGAGUGCUACACGGGCAUGCUGUACGCCUGCAACGACCUGAUCCGCCCCGACCUCAUCCUGGAGCUCUCGUGGCGCAACGGGCUCCACGACUUCACCAUGCCGUACAUGAUCAACAUGCUUGCCCAGCAGACCAAGGAACUCUCGCUGCUCAAAGCCGACAACGAGGCGCGCAAGUCCAAGGAGAAGGAGCACGAGAAGACAGAAGACAACACGCCUAUCCUGGGUGGCACCCGUCUGAUGAUUACCGGAGGACCCGCCGCAUCUCCCGCACCGUACGGUGUUCAGCCCAACGGUUUCGCCCCUCAGCCUACCGGAUACGGCUUCUAG